AUGAUGGUCUACAGCGCCCCUUUCCUGCCAGAAUCCUCCUCUUCUCUUCCCGGCGUCCUCGGCUCCCUCCGGCCGCUCUCCUCAAAAGGCUCCGCCAUCGCCGAGCCUGCCGCCCGUGAUGGCGUUGCCGCGGAGCCGCUCUCACCUCGUCUCCCAACUCGCCGCAAUCGUUCUAUCCUCCCAUGUCACCCUCCAUACCACCCUCGGCGACAUCAAGAAAUCUUCUGCGAGGCUGUCCCAAAGGCCGCAGAGAACUUUCUGGCGCUCUGCGCUGCAAACUACUACGAUGGGUGUAUCUGGCACAGAAAUAUCAAGGGAUUCAUGAUCCAGACCGGGGAUCCCUCCGGCUCUGGCAAGGGCGGACAAAGCCUCUGGGGCUCUCCGUUUUCCGACGAAAUUCGUUCCACGCUCAAGUUCAAUAACCGUGGCAUCGUCGCUAUGGCCAACUCCGGUCCAGAUACAAAUAAAUCCCAAUUUUUUAUAACGUAUUCGAAGCAGCCACAUCUCGAUGGAAAGUACACCAUCUUUGGCAAGGUCAUUGAUGGCGCUGAUUCCGCGCUCGACGCGAUGGAGCGCACCCCAGUGACCGCAAAAAACAGACCACUGACGGAGAUCAAGCUGACCCAUCGCGCACUCACCAUUCCCGUUCACCGUGACCCAUCCUCGUGA